AGGGGCUGACUCUAUAUGAUGUAACACUAGAAGAUUCCGGAGCUGUUGUCUGCAUUCUACACAAGGUCGCCGGUGCUGCGUGUUGACGUUUAACGUGGUUUAAUUCAUUAAGCAGGGAUACUUUUUCCUUCUGAAGAUGCCAAGAGGAAGCAGAAGUCGAACGUCCAGGAUGGCUCCACCAGCCAGCCGGGCACCCCCAUCACCACCCCCCAUGGCUAGGGCUGCCCCACCUCCCUCCUCAGUACCUGCUCAUGCUCCUCCAUCUGCUAUGGCAGCCCCUGCCACUGCCCCCAGACAGCCGGGAAUGUUCGCCCAGAUGGCGAGCACAGCAGCUGGUGUUGCUGUAGGCUCUGCGGUGGGCCACACCAUAGGGCAUGCCAUGACUGGUGGCUUCAGUGGUGGAGGGAGCUCAGAGGCAGCCAGGCCUGAUAUCACCUAUCAGGAGCCCUAUUCCCAGGCCCAGCCCAUGUACCAGCAGCAGCCACUGCAACAGAACCCAUGUGCAUAUGAGAUGAAGCAGUUCCUAGAGUGUGCCCAGAACCAGAGUGACCUCAGGCUGUGUGAGGGCUUCAGUGAGGUGCUGAAGCAGUGCAAGUUUUCAAAUGGGCUGUCAUGAAAAAUUCAAAACUGAAGCCGGAAAUGAAUAUACAUUAAUCCAGCAUCCAGGCUUUAUGUAAUAUAGGUGUAAUUCUACAGAAUUCUGACUUAAUUGCCACCAUGUUUUAUAUUUUAUUGUACUUAGAACAAUAAGGGUAAUUAUCAUUGUAAAUGCAUGACUGCUAGUUGUC